AUGAACGAGACCGACCCCAAAAGCAUCAUCAAAAGCAUCUGUGAUCUGAUGACGGAGCACUGGCUGCAGGGCGUGGUGUUUGGAGACGACACAGACCAGGAGGCCAUCGCUCAGAUCUUGGACUUCAUCUCGGCCCAGACGCACAUUCCCAUCCUCGGGGUCCGCGGAGGCUCCUCCAUGAUCAUGGCCGCCAAGGACGAUAACUCCAUGUUCUUUCAGUUCGGUCCCUCCAUCGAGCAGCAGGCGUCCGUCAUCCUCAACAUCAUGGAGGAAUACGACUGGUACAUCUUCUCCAUCGUCACCACGUACUACCCGGGUUAUCAGGACUUCGUCACCAAGAUCCGGAGCACCAUCGAGAACAGCUUUGUGGGCUGGGAACUGGAGGAGGUUUUACUUCUGGACAUGUCCGUGGACGACGGCGACUCAAAGAUCCAGAACCAGUUGAAGAAGCUGCAGAGCCCCGUGAUUCUCCUCUACUGCACAAAAGAGGAGGCCAACACCAUCUUCGAGGUGGCGCACUCCGUCGGCAUCACGGGCUACGGCUUCACCUGGAUCGUGCCGUCGCUGGUGGCAGGAGACACUGAUGUAGUGCCCGCAGAGUUCCCCACAGGUCUGCUCUCCGUGUCCUACGACGAGUGGGACUACGGUCUGGAGGCUCGAGUCCGCGACGGAGUGGCGAUCAUCACGAUGGCCACCUCCACCAUGAUGAUGGACCGCGGCCCGCACACGCUUCUCAAGUCCGAGUGCCACGGAGCUCCGGACAAGAAGACCCCGAUCUCAGGCAACCCCAACGAAGUGCUCAGGUACCUGAUGAAUGUGACGUUCGAGGGGCGUAAUCUGUCGUUCAGUGAGGACGGAUACCAGAUGCACCCUAAGCUGGUCAUCAUUCUGCUCAACAAGGAGCGACAGUGGGACAGGGUGGGUAAGUGGGAAAACGGCUCUCUGUCCAUGAAAUACCAUGUGUGGCCUCGCUAUGAACUGUACGGGGGAGCGGCGACCAGGGAGGAUGACCACCUGUCCAUCGUGACAUUGGAGGAGGCUCCGUUUGUCAUCGUAGAGGACGUGGAUCCGCUCAGUGGCACCUGCAUGAGGAACACCGUGCCCUGUCGCAAGCAGGUCAAAGGACUCAACGGGACCAAGGAGCUGGGCAUCUACAUCAAGCGCUGCUGUAAGGGAUUCUGCAUCGACAUCCUCAAGAAGAUCGCCAAGACCGUCAAGUUCACCUACGACCUUUACCUGGUCACAAACGGCAAACACGGAAAGAAGAUCAAUGGGACGUGGAACGGGAUGGUGGGAGAGGUGGUGGUAAAGAACGCACACAUGGCUGUGGGCUCCUUAACCAUCAAUGAAGAGAGGUCAGAGGUCAUAGACUUCUCCGUGCCCUUCAUUGAGACGGGCAUCAGCGUGAUGGUCUCCCGGAGCAACGGCACAGUGUCUCCUUCAGCGUUCUUAGAGCCCUUCAGUGCUGAUGUGUGGGUGAUGAUGUUCGUGAUGCUGCUGCUGGUGUCGGCGGUGGCUGUGUUUGUGUUCGAGUACUUCAGCCCCGUGGGCUACAACCGCUGUCUGGCUGAUGGUCGAGAGCCGCACGGUCCGUCCUUCACCAUCGGAAAGGCCAUUUGGCUUCUGUGGGGUCUGGUCUUCAACAACUCUGUCCCGGUGCAAAACCCUAAAGGCACCACCAGUAAGAUCAUGGUGUCCGUGUGGGCCUUCUUCGCUGUCAUCUUCUUGGCCUCGUACACUGCCAAUCUGGCUGCGUUCAUGAUCCAGGAGGAGUACGUGGACCAGGUGACCGGUCUGUCCGACAAAAAGUUUCAGAGCCCCAAUGACUUCUCACCCCCAUUCCGGUUUGGCACGGUCCCCAACGGCAGCACCGAGAGGAACAUCAGGAACAACUAUCCUGAGAUGCACUCGUACAUGACCAAGUUUCACCAGAGGAACGUGAACGAGGCGCUGCAGAGUCUGAAGGCCGGCAAACUAGACGCCUUCAUUUACGACGCCGCCGUCCUGAACUACAUGGCCGGCAGAGACGAGGGCUGUAAACUGGUGACCAUCGGCAGCGGGUACAUCUUUGCCACGACGGGAUACGGCAUCGCUAUUCAGAAAGAGUCGCUCUGGAAAAGACAUGUGGACCUGGCCAUUCUGCAGCUGUUUGGAGAUGGUGAGAUGGAGGAGCUGGAAUCCUUGUGGCUGACUGGAAUCUGCCACCACGAGAAGAACGAGGUGAUGUCGAGCCAGCUGGACGUGGACAACAUGGCUGGAGUGUUCUACAUGUUGGGCGCUGCCAUGGCUCUGUCGCUCAUCACAUUCAUCUGCGAGCACUGGUUCUACUGGCAGCUGCGCUUCUGCUUCAUGGGCGUGUGUUCAGGACAGCCGGGAUUCGUCUUCUCUAUAAGCAGGGGCAUCUACAGCUGUAUCCACGGAGUGCAGAUUGAAGAGAAGAGCAGCUCGGCGUUGAACUCACCGUCGGCCACGAUGAACAACACUCACUCCAACAUCAUGCGGCUCUUACGCACUGCCAAGAACAUGGCGUCGCUGUCCGGGGUGAACGGCUCUCCUCACAGCGCGCUGGAUUUUAUUCGACGAGAGUCUUCUGUGUACGACAUCUCGGAGCACCGCCGCAGUCUGGCCGGACACUCGGACUGUAAACCCCCGUAUCUCCCUGAGGACAACAUGUUCAGUGACUACAUCAGCGAAGUGGAAAGGACGUUUGGUAAUCUCCACAUGAAAGACAGCAACCUGUACCAGGACCACUACAUGCACCACCACGGCUCCUCUAUGGCCCUCAGCGGGCCUCCUCCGGGCAGACCUCACAGUCUGGGCAGUGCCAGCUCUCUGGAGGGGGGCAUGUUUGACUGCGAGAGCCUGGGAGGAGGCGUAGCCCCCAUCUUCACCACACAGCCCUGCUCAGCCCUCACCCACAGAAACAUGAGUAAGUUUGACCUGCUUUCACAGACUCCUCCUUCCACCCAGGGCUUCAAGAGUGCCUUGCCCGAUGUCUAUGGCAAGUUCUCUUUUAAAGGCGGGGCGUCCAGCUCCACGUACAUCCCGGGACAUGGCUACUGUGGCGGGAGAGGAGAAGAAGACGGCAAUAUUCGCUCAGACGGAUCGGACAUUUCCACUCAUACUGUUACAUAUGGAAACUUAGAGGGCAAUGCCAAGAAACGUAAACAGUACCGCGAUAGUCUGAAAAAGAGGCCCGCCUCAGCUAAAUCCAGACGGGAGCUGGACGAGAUUGAGCUCGGGUACAGGAGGAAGCCCUACCACAUAAGCCACCAUCACUACUUCAGGGAGAAAGAGAGUGUUCGAGACUUUUACCUUGACCAGUUUAGGCCCAAAGAGGGCGUCCCUCAGUGGGAGCACGUGGACCUAACCGAGGGCCCUGCCAACAGAGACGGAGGAGUCCCCACCUGCACCUCGCUGGUUCCUGUGGACGACUUCCUCAAAAGUAAACCCAAAAAGCCUGACCCAAAGACUGCUGGCUCUGGUCUGGCUGGGGGAGAGUGGGAGUGCAGAAACUGUCGAGGCGGAGGGGGCAAACAGAUGUCCGUCCACGGGAGCGGAGGGUACGGCGGGAUGAGCUGCGGCUCCUCGGCGGGAGGCAGCCGGCCCAGCUCCGCUACGUGCAUGCGCUGUGAGGGCUGCAAAAAGACUGGGACACUGUAUGACAUCAGUGAGGACAACAACCACAUGUUGGAACAGAUGGGGGGAGGGCAAAGUGGGGCAGCUCCUCAGUCCCAGGUCCAGAGGAGAAAAGGAGGCUUUGGGAAACCCCUUCGACGGCAGGCCUCUUACGACACAUUUGUGGACCUGCAGAAAGACGAUCCAGAGGUGAUGAGCAGCCUGAUCGGAGGACUGGGUGAAGGGGGAGGUAUGGGGGGAGUGGGCAUGGGAAUGCUGCCCCCGCCCAGGAGCGUUAGCUUAAAGGAGAAGGAGCGCUACAUAGAGAGCGGUAGUCCUUUUGCGAACAUAUUUGAUCGACACGGCGGCUCAGAGCGGGACAGGGACAGAGACCCUCUGUUUUACGGAGGGGACAGGGGCAAAGGGCCGGGCUCUCCGUUCGGUCUGUUCAGAGGGGACGAGGGACCCCAUCGACGCUCCAUUGGGGAAAGAGACAUGCGGGACAGGUCCCUCAUGGAAGGAGGCUUCUCCUUGUCCAAAUCACUGUACCCUGACCGGGUCAACCAAAACCCCUUUAUUCCCACUUUUGGUGACGACCAGUGUUUGAUGCACGGAGCCAAACAAUAUUAUAUGAAAAAGCAACAGCAGCAACAAGCCGCCAAAAACAGUCGAGGCGACUUUAGGAGCCAGCUGAGCACCACAUCCUACGGACAGGCCUCUGCUCCGUCUGGAGUCAUGUCGAGCGUUACCCCUCGUUUCCCCAAAGAGCUCAGCCUGGGGGGACUGAACCACCACGGCUCCAUGCUGGGGGUCGGCCCCCCCAGACCCUUCAAUGGAAGCAAUGGCCAUGUGUACGAGAAACUGUCCAGCAUCGAGUCGGACGUGUAAGAGCCG